AUGUCCACAGAUGGAGACGAAAUCGAUUGGGAAACUGUAGGGAAAGAUCUAAAGCGCGCUCAAACGGACUAUUUUUACCGAGGUAUUCACAAAACUGGAGUUGAUUUUGUUGCCCAUACGCUUCCUGGUGGCAAAACUUUUGACUCUGACUUCCACACAUACACAAUAAAUUGGGGUCCAGAAAGAAUUAUAUGGUCAAUCGAUGGUGUUACAGUUCGUACCUUGGAAAAAUCUUCAACCUUCGAAGAUGGUGUAUAUAAAUAUCCGAGUAGACCUUCAUAUAUUACAUUGAGUCUCUGGGAUGGUAGCGGUGGUAAUGGAACUGCUCGGUGGUCUAAUGGCCCUAUCAAUUGGGAUGAACAACCUGACAUAAUUGUAUCUUAUUUUAGGAAAAUUAAGGUUAUGUGCAAUCCUAAAUACAAUAAAGUUAUUCGCUGA